CCCAAUUGGUGAUGAUAUGAGGGGAGUGAGGCCCAUGUAAAAAAGCCCAAUCCAAAGAGCUUUAACAAAAUUUCUUUGCUCUCUCUACUGGAUUGCUUCUCAAGAAAAAUUCAUUAUUUAGCUGAUAAAUUCCAAACGACUGUAGAAGAAGAAGAAGAAGAAAUCAGGAAAAUCGAUCAAUGGCUCCUCCCGCAGACAUCGAGGAUGAGAUCAAGGACGAGAAGAAUCCUAGACCUCUCGAUGAAGAUGAUAUUGCCCUUCUCAAAACUUACGUAUGAUUCCUUUUCUCUUUUUUGUUUCACUCUUUUAACUUCAAAACCCUAAUUUUCUUUGUUAUCUAAGAUUAGCGUCUCUUGGUUCCGGCGCAAGAUUGGAUCUUUUGUUAUCUUGCUUAGUUUUCUGUGUUUAGGGUUGGGUUCAUGGUUGGAACUGAACGAUUAGAGUUUUGAAUUGCCUGCAAAAUUGGAUCUUUUCAGCUUUAUUAGUAUCUUUUUCUUUUUUUAUUAAAUGCGCUUUUCUGAAAAUAUUUGGACUUGUUGUGGCUGAUAAGGUUGGGAUGUAGGGACUUGGUCCGUAUUCAACAAGCAUAAAGAAAGCUGAGAAGGAAAUUAAAGAAAUGGCGAAGAAGAUAAAUGAUUUAUGCGGUAUCAAGGAGUCAGACACUGGCUUAGCUGCCCCUAGUCAAUGGGAUCUUGUUUCCGAUAAGCAAAUGAUGCAGGAGGAGCAGCCUCUGCAGGUGGCAAGAUGUACGAAAAUUAUCAAUCCAAAUACCGAGGACGCUAAAUACGUUAUAAAUGUUAAGCAAAUUGCAAAGUUUGUUGUUGGAUUAGGCGACAAGGUUUCACCCACGGAUAUUGAAGAAGGCAUGCGAGUUGGUGUGGACCGGAAUAAAUACCAAAUCCAGAUUCCAUUGCCUCCAAAGAUUGACCCAAGUGUCACUAUGAUGACAGUUGAAGAAAAGCCGGAUGUCACAUAUAAUGAUGUUGGUGGAUGUAAGGAGCAGAUUGAGAAGAUGCGAGAGGUUGUUGAGCUGCCUAUGCUUCACCCUGAAAAGUUUGUUAAGCUCGGAAUUGAUCCUCCCAAGGGGGUCCUCUGUUAUGGUCCACCUGGUACUGGUAAAACUCUUUUAGCUAGGGCAGUAGCCAACCGAACCGAUGCAUGUUUCAUCCGUGUCAUCGGAAGUGAGCUUGUCCAAAAGUAUGUUGGAGAGGGAGCUCGGAUGGUUCGUGAAUUGUUUCAGAUGGCACGGUCAAAGAAAGCUUGCAUUGUGUUCUUCGAUGAAGUGGAUGCCAUUGGGGGUGCACGGUUUGAUGAUGGCGUCGGUGGAGAUAAUGAGGUUCAACGUACUAUGCUUGAAAUUGUGAAUCAGCUUGAUGGAUUUGAUGCCCGUGGGAACAUUAAAGUUCUGAUGGCUACUAACAGACCUGAUACUCUAGAUCCAGCUUUGUUGCGACCUGGUCGAUUGGAUCGUAAAGUUGAGUUUGGUUUGCCAGACUUGGAGAGCAGGACACAGAUUUUCAAGAUUCACACCCGGACAAUGAAUUGCGAGAGGGAUAUCCGUUUUGAACUUCUUGCACGGCUCUGCCCGAAUUCAACUGGGGCGGACAUCAGGAGUGUGUGCACUGAGGCUGGGAUGUAUGCAAUUCGAGCGAGGAGGAAGACAGUAACCGAGAAGGACUUUCUAGAUGCGGUGAAUAAAGUGAUCAAGGGGUAUCAGAAGUUCAGUGCUACACCAAAGUAUAUGGUGUACAAUUAAAAUAUUGAACUUUUCGGGUUUCUAAAUUGGUUGUUGACCAUAAGAUUCAUGCUCCUUUGUUCUGUAGGCUGUAGCCUCUCUUCUUAUUUAUUGUGGGCACCCUUUCUGGUUUGUAAUUGUGUACUAUUGUUUUUUUUUUUUUAAUGAAAUAUUUGCAGUAGAGAACUGUUAAAAAGAUUUGCAUUGAUAUCAGGAAUCAUCACCUUAAUACUGCAUUUGCGUGAUCAGAUCAGCUGCUAUUGUGUUUCCAACUUUUUCAUCGAUAAGUGAAGUGCAUAAAAGCCUCAAAUAUUUGACUAGCUAUAUGUCAAUUUUAAGCAA